UUCUUUUAGCGGUCUCGAUGACGCACUUCCGGUUAACUGUCAGACUCGGGGCUCGUCAGUGGUCGAGAAGCUUGGACCAAAAAAACUAACGGACGAGGAGUUUAAAUACUCAAGAAAAGGUACCAAUGUCGUUUUUAAUAGACUGGAUUUACAGAGGCUUCAGCAGUGUCUUGCAACUAUUAGGACUCUACAAGAAGAGUGGAAAGCUUGUCUUUCUUGGACUAGACAAUGCAGGAAAAACAACCCUGCUGCAGAUGCUCAGAGAUGACAGACUUGGGCAGCACAUGCCAACUUUAUACCCGACAUCCGAGGAGCUGACCAUAGCUGGAAUGACCUUCACCACGUUUGACCUGGGAGGUCAUACACAAGCACGGAGGAUCUGGAAGAAUUAUUUUCCUGCCAUAAAUGGGAUAGUCUACUUGGUGGAUUGUGCUGAUCACGAGCGACUGGAGGAGGCUAAAAUAGAGCUUGAUGCUUUGCUAACUGAUGAAACCAUUGCUAACAUCCCAGUUCUCAUAUUGGGCAAUAAGAUAGACCGACCGGAAGCUAUCAGUGAGGAUGCACUCAGAGGAGUAUUUGGCCUUCAUGGACACACAACUGGAAAGGGCAAUGUGUCCCUGAAGGAGCUGAACCUGAGGCCGCUGGAGGUUUUCAUGUGCAGUGUGCUGAAGAGACAGGGAUACGGAGAUGGUUUCCGCUGGCUCUCACAGUAUAUUGACUGACUUAUGCCUUUCUUUUAAGCCUUAAUAAAUAGGUGUAAACAAAGCCCCCUCCAGAGGACAUACAUUUAUCUAUGGUAACUUCAUUGUCAAAGUGCCAGCAGUUGCUGCCAAAAACAAAACAUGUUUUCUCCUUAAAAUAAUCUGUUAAUGUAAGUGUGGGAGCCUGUUUCCUCCAUGGAUGUGGCAGUUCUACUCCCUCUGAAGGCAGAAUUGCAAUAUUUAGAAUUUUACAUAGCAACAAGUCAAACUGAAAGAAUCAUUGUCCAUAAAAGCCUAGAAAAACGUAAUAAAAUUUAGAAAGCGUAACCUGAGUACUUUGUGAAUAGUUCCUGCCUGUAAUCUGCAGUGAUAUUAUGAGAGUACUUGUGGGAGAGAAGCAGCUUGCAAGUUGAACUGAAAACUUCUAAAUCAAACAAGAGUGCAAUAUUUUUAUGUUGGAUGUAAAAUCUUAUUUAUUUUUUUUUUUGCAAUAAAAUAUCCUUGACCUGUGUUACAUAAAGUUUGAGGUUACUUAUCAAUAGGAACCGUUUUACAUGUGUGAUAUUAGGGCGUAAUAAACAUUUUUAUCAAUC